CUUCUCCACCUUCUUCACCUCCACCCUCUCUCCUCAGGCCCCUGCAUCACUUGCUGAUGUGCCAUCCAGCAGUAUGUCUGACGAGGCUCAGGUGACCCAGAUCAUCCAGCUAUGGACAGCUCUCCCUGAGGUUGACAAGCAGCGUGUCAACUACCAGCCUCGCCAUCAGGUGCGCCUGACAAGUGAACGCUUUAAGGCUCCGAAGCGGUCUGGAGUCACACCGGGUGUGGAGAGUGUCAAGCGAUGCUUGAUAGGACAUCCUGGGGGUCCAGCACAGUGGCCCAGCACCAGCCGCUUGGUUGAGGCCAUAUGCACCAAGCUGUGCAGUGUGCACAAGUCGCCCACCAAGAAGGCUGGAGUCUCCACCCCCAGGUGGUCAAAAAUCCUUGCAAACUACCACCACAUCCGGGAACUGGUGCUCAACACUCCAAGGGUUAUGGCGGAGACCACGCUCCAGCUCUUUGAAAUAAAUCAGAGGACACUCAUUCAAUGGUUUCAACGGAGGCAGAAGACUCAGGAGAUGAGUGUCCUGUCACAGGGAUUGACUCCACCAGACCAGAUUCCUGUGGCAACAGACCAGCUUCCGGCCCCGAAGGAGAAACUGGAGCUCCUUCCAUCGACAUCUGGCCCGCUGCACCAGUUUGUCCUCCCUCCUAACCUGGAGGGACAGGCUCCCGUCCUGCGGCCAGGCAGACGGCCCGCUGCUGCCACCAGGGAGCACCCCAUCACACCCACCCCCACAGCACCAGGCACUGCACAGCCCACAUCAGCUCAGUCGGGGUACUUUGUCCUCAACCCCGACAACACGCUGUCACCGGUGCUGGUAGCUCCUAGUGUCUCAACACACGGUCCAGGCCCUGCUCCACUUGGUCCUGCACCUGCUCAUCCUGUGUCUCUCUUCACAGAGAGGAACAGGUGACGGCGGGCCCUGGAGGAGAGUGGAGUGCCCAAGAGGAGGUAUGUCAGGAGUGGCAUACAACACGUGUGGCAAGUGUGGACAGCCAAAAAACAAAGACUUUGGCCAUAGCCGUUAUGGCAGCGCCACCUUUUGUCCACAGGCCUCACAAGGGAAAUCUCUGGAGGAGUGGCUAAAGGCACAGAGAGCACCAAAAUAGACUGAACUUGUGUGUGUGUAUAUAGUGUGUAUAUAUUGUGUGUCUGAGUACAGUUCUCCAAUACAGUAUUCUAAUAAAAGUGGAUGCAUCCCCACAUUUUUGAAAAAACAAAUUACUCUGGGACAACACUAUAGAAAUGACACUUUGAUAUAACUUAAAGUAGUCAGUGUACAGCUUGUAUAACGUUGUAAAAAGUGGUCCAAGGUCAGUGGAUUGUGGUCCGUAUAGACCACCACAGGGGCAACCCCUGAAACUACAUAAACAAAGUGUUUUAAGGCCCAUAUCAAAGCCAGUGCCUCCUUUUUAGAUGGUUGAAUAAUUUAGCUGGUAAGAGUUAAACUUUUUUCACCUGUAGUGAAAACGGACGGUCGAACCGUGGUGCUGUGAGAACAGGAGCAGUACAUAACAAGGCUUAAAUGGCUUUGAAAGCUCUCCGACAUUCAGGUGUCCAGACGUACACCACCCUUGCCUUCAGAAGGUCAGUGAGUGGCCAUGCAGCGGUGGAAAAGUUACGUCAAAAAACAUGACCAAACCAAGAAACCAAGUUCAUUCUUAGUGGUCGGCACAGGGUAAUUCUCGACUGCGUACACCUUAGCAGCUUCCACAAAAUCAGCAAUAUCAGCCAUAUCAAAGUGACCUAUUUACCCAGUUGUCACGUUACUCAUUUGUUUUCAUUCCACUUACAUACUCAUUUACCUAUAAAGCUUUAUUUUAUAAUCAGUAGAACAAUUUCCCACAGGAAACUAGGUACUCCAACACAGCAUGUGCUGCACACCAAAGCAAGUGUAGCUAGUGUGCCAAGGGUAAACACUCACCCUACCAAGUAUUUGUGUUCCCCCCCCUCCUAACUAAACUGCCUGACCUUUACUAACCUCGCUCAACUCAACCCUAGUCUUCAGGGAAUCUGGCGGCGGGUACUUAUGCACUAAAACCCACUGGUAUGGUGACGCGACCAGUCAUCUGGCAACGCCACCAAAAACCAUGGACAUGCUCCCGAGACAACUGCUCUAACCGCUGUCAACCCACACUAUAGACACACACCAGCAGAUCCUAAAGGGAAAAAGCUGUAAGCCUACCAGGGGGGGACACACGAUCCAAUGUGACACACAAAGCAACACCUACCUUGAUGAGCAGCACAAGACACUGAGCCUAUAAAUAAGCACUGACAGACAGCGCACACAAAACAGUUUAAUAAAACAGACAGCUUUAAAGCUAUAACAAAUUAACCUUUAUUAACCACGCACUUCCUCAAAACAACCAAAUUACCAUCAGGUUUCAAACUACCCCCCACUGUUUAAAGAUUUACCAAGGAUAUUUAUUAAGGUUCAUCAAAUAACUGAAUUAACUUUGCAACAAAAGAAUAAAUGAAGUGUGGCAAUCAGUGGUCAGUGAUGUUGUAAAUUAGAAAUGUGCUGCGAGUGUUGUGUAGUGCAAAACUCAGAACAAAAAGAUAAUACCAACAGAACCAAAAAACACACUCCUGUCAUCAGGAAGCCAGAGAGUAAACUGAGGAAAGAGACAAAGCCUUAACCACAACCUCAGAACACUGGCCAGGUGCACUGAGUUGCCUAAUCAAAGCCCCUGUCCCCCAAUCAGCUCAUGAUGAGGAAAGAGGCAGGAGUGGUCAGCACAAGCCCUGCAAGAUCUCUACAGGGGCUGUGGCACCAUACAUGUAGGACUGCUGUAGGGGAAAUUCAAAAUUCACACUCCUACUCACAGAGUUUAACUGGAGACAUCAACUUUUUCACCAGCUGUGAAGGAGACAGAUUUUUCCCCAACGCCAGCAGAGAUUUCACAGUGGACUUCCAUGCGCCACUUCAGAAUCCUGCUGGACGUGCAGCAGAAGUGGAGGCUGAAGAUGAGAGAGUGGAGGCUACAGGUGGAAGUGGAGGAUGGGAGGGUGGAGGCUGCAGGUGGACGUGGCGGAUGGGAGG